AUGGACGUUGCGUGCCAGUUGGAUGGUGAUUUCGCGCGCUGAAUCGUAAACCCAUUUAAGUGUUUGCUCAGAUUUCAUCGAAGUGCCCAUUUCGGAUGCCGCAAAAUGUUUAGAAUGUCUGACAGAUGACCGCAUUCUGCUCGAUUCCCUCGAAAUCGAAAUCAACAUAAGCUCGUCGAAGAGCAAGAUUGCCAUAGAAGUAACGCUUGAAAACAAAGAGAACAGAUUGCACACGCACACACUUCGUUUUCCAGAAUGUUCUCCGGAAGUUUGCGGAGCGACGAGAGCGCUGCAAGGAAAUUAUUAUGAUCAAACGACUGGUUUUCUUCAUUUACGACUUCACAUAUGCCAAGGACCUGGCCGAAAUUCUCUCAAACAUCGCUCCAAGGGUCUAUGAGGUCAAUCUGGGGAUUGCGAAAAGAAAAGUCUACCCGUUGGUACGUAAGAAGCAUUAGAAGUUGAAAAAAAGAGACGUUCGUUGCAGCCGCCGACGCAGGAAGCGCGCUACGUGGCCGACUUCAUCGCGGACUUUAUCCGGCCUAGAAACACUUGGGAAACCCUUCGGUGAAUGACAAAUGCAUAAUCCAUGUUUCACCAGCUUCCUUUCUUUUCAGAGUGCUCCGUAUUUUCUAUUUUGUCAGUCUGGACAGCCAUUUACAAAGAAUCCUGAAUAAGUGCGUCCGACUGCGUCAUUUAACCCUGUCCAACGUAAAUAAUCUUGUCCUGUACUCCCAUAAUAGAAAACCAACUUUAGAUAGAAGAUAUUGGGCUUUUCGAACUCGAAUCCGUCGACUCGGCUCUUUUAGACAGCUGUGAUUUCUCCAAUACUAUGCACGAUGAGGUUUUUGCUGAUGUGAGUAAGAAAUGUUAAUUUUCUGCAUAAGAAACUUUUCUAGAAACAUCCACGUCUUUUCCCGAAUGCUGUAACAUUUGGCUACUUGCGUUGCCCCGUCGAGCUUGCAAUUAGAGCUCUAAAGUAUGAACAACGUCUCUAUUUUCAUUUAAAACAGAGCUUUUAGUCAGUGGUCCACCGAUCGCGUAGCUGAUAACCGCACUGAGCUGUACUUCUACCAACCGGAGCGGGAUUUUCGAAGGUGAAAUAGUUUAUUGCACACACGUAAUUUACAAACUAAUUUCUAAAGAUUUCUACACGAAGCUACGAAGUCGUUUGAGAUGCUCAACGAUGAUAAAGAACUGGAGGGUGAAGUUCAGGCAUGAGGAUGAUGAAAUAUGACCGAAAAGUGAAAUAUCAUUUCCAGAUAAAAGGGCACCGAGGCGGCCCGCUUCUCACCGUGUUCAACAAAGAUCGAGUGUACAAGGCAAAAAUUCAGAAUGAGUAG